UCGUCUCGUCGACAGAGAAGGGUGCGCCGAAAGUCUGAAACAUGUUUUGUGUAUCGGAAGAACAAUUUUUUUAACUAAAAAUGCAUUUUAUACUUUAACACCGGUGUGAUACUAAAUUUUGUCGAAUCUAUGGCUAUGUCUUUAAUGUAUUUUUCUAAUUUUAUAGUGUAAAACGGGUACGUUAAAGAGAUCAGUGUUAUUUUGAUUGUAAAGUGAGUGAACUUAAUCAAAAUGGCGCAUCAAAUGCCCCCAUCGGUGAACUGUUCGCUGGAUGAUAUCGACUUGACAGCCCUAAAAGAUCCCGCAGGAAUCUUUGAGCUCAUCGAGGUCGUAGGAAAUGGAACUUACGGGCAGGUUUACAAGGGAAGGCACACAAAAACCGGACAACUGGCAGCUAUCAAAGUGAUGGACGUAACAGAGGACGAGGAAGAGGAAAUAAAGCUGGAAAUUAAUGUACUGAAGAAGUAUUCCAACCAUCGAAACAUCGCGACUUAUUACGGAGCUUUCAUUAAAAAAUCUCCUCCGGGAAAAGAUGACCAACUUUGGUUGGUCAUGGAAUAUUGUGGAGCAGGAUCGGUGACGGAUCUGGUGAAGUCCACCAAAGGGCAGUCAUUAAAAGAGGAGUGGAUAGCGUAUAUCUGCAGGGAAAUUCUCAGGGGACUGUCGUAUUUACAUUCGAAUAAGGUCAUACACAGGGACAUCAAAGGUCAAAACGUUUUGUUGACGGAUAACGCCGAAGUGAAAUUAGUUGAUUUUGGCGUUUCGGCGCAACUAGAUCGUACCAUCGGUCGACGUAACACAUUCAUCGGCACCCCUUACUGGAUGGCGCCUGAAGUUAUUGCGUGCGAUGAAAAUCCCGAUGCGACUUACGACAAUCGAAGCGACCUGUGGUCUUUGGGCAUAACCGCACUCGAAAUGGCAGAAUCUCAGCCUCCCCUUUGUGAGCUGCACCCAAUGCGUGCGCUAUUUCUUAUUCCAAGAAACCCACCGCCUAGGUUGAAAAGCAAAAAAUGGAACAAGAAAUUCCAUGGUUUCAUCGAGACUGUUCUAGUUAAAGAUUACCACGAAAGGCCUUACACAGAGCAGCUACUAAAACACCCUUUUAUCAGGGACCAACCUACUGAGCGACAGGUUAGAAUACAGUUGAAAGACCACAUCGAUAGAUGUAAAAAGAGGAAACAAGAAAAAGAGAGAGAAGACUACAGGUAUUCUGGUUCCGAGAACGAGGAGGAAGAGCCUCAAAUCGCCGGAGAACCUAGCAGUAUUAUACAAGCACCUGGGGGCGAUACUUUAAGAAGAAACUUUCAGCAAAUUCAAGAAGGGCGCACCCUUAGCCAAGUCGAACCGCCUCCAAGAAGUGCUAAAAUUAAAGAUCGAGAAGAAAUUCCAGAACCGGGACCACCAGCGAGGCCGCCCAUUCCACAAAGGAUGAUCGUCGUGCCAGAUCCGGCGCCACCCAGAAGGCCGUUACCACCGCCUCCCGACAACAAUUUUGGGGCGGCUAAAUCCCAAAAUCAACAACAGCAACAAAGAAAUUCACAACAUCAGUUCAAGCCUAUGGGUCCUGCACGUAAACCUGAGGAACUGGACGCUCUCGCCGCCCAUUUGAACGAACUGGGCGUGCAGCAGACCAACCAGCCCGAGGCGCCGCCUCGCAACCGAAACUACAAGCAAUCCCAAUCCGCCUCCAAUAAUAACGUAACGACGCCCGGAUCCGCCGUCAAUCACACCCCCACCAAUCAAGGCGGCAACAAUGUCGAUAGUUUGGUUGACAGCGAGUCUGAUUCCGAACCGGAAGAUAACGGUAGAGUAAGGAAUGACGGGACGUUGUUGGCCAGCGAUCCUCCAAAACCGCUAGCCGGUCUAGGUGUAGUUCCCGAAGGCACGGCUAGCGUAUCGAGCCCAGGAGCGACGGCCGGAUCUGGUUCGAGUAGUUCAAGUGCUCCCAACAGACCUCUGCCUCCUACUCCUGACGACGAGGAAUCUCAAGGAGACAGGACGCUUGUACUCAGAAAGCAGUCCGCAGCUAAUUUAGGUGACAAAAAAAAGGGUGAAGACAUAGACGAAGCGACCCUGCUGAAAGAUUGGGACUUCGACAAGUUUUUCCCCGUGAAGCUAAACAGCACUCAGACCUCAUCGUCCUCUACCUCCAAUAGUUCCGGUAACAAACUCGACGGUAAAACCAAGAAACAGGGCCACAGAAGAAUGGAGAGCGAUUCAAAGAUAUCUAAUCCCUUCUUCAGAGGGUUUAGAAGAGAGAAUUCUGAUUUCUUCCCUAUGAGCUCCAGGCAUUCAGCCAUUUACAUAGACAAAAACGCCAGAUCUAGUGGGAUAUUUAAUAAUCGCAGAGGGUCUGAUGCAGGGAUGACGAAAAAGACAAGCGGUGAACCCGUAUUGAUGGAUUAUAUAAAAAAAUCCGAUUCCUUAGUCAGCUCCGCCCCCAAAAAAGAUUGUCAUUACCCAGAGAAACAAGACUCUAGCAUAAUAUCGAACUUUGUACGACCGCGCAGAGAAAAGACCGAAUCUGAUCUGGUUCUGAGAAACUCUGAGGCGCGCAGGAGCAUUAGAGAAACUCUAGAGGCUCGAAGGAAAGAAGUGGAGGCUCAGUUCGCUAAGGAAGCCGAGAAUAUGCGCAGACGCAGUUCCAAACCGAUCGAAAUGAACGCUUUGAACAUUUCGAAUAUUUCGAACUCCUCGGCUGGCUCGAAUUCUACCGUAGGCGAUGAGUUUUCUUUUAUUCAGAAUGGUAGAAGUAAUGAUCAUCCUCGACAAAAUGUUUUACCCGAUCUACUUAGCCAAGCUAGCGGUAGCCCAGGUACGCCAUCUACAAGGGAUAAAUCCACCAACGAAGAGUUCCUCAUAAUCCCUCCCUCCUCAAACAACAAAACCCCCUCGCAGCCCACCCAUAUGCAUGCUAACGCUCUUGCCUUACAACAGAAACAACGCUCCUUCCUGGCUUUCGGCUUCGGAGCAUCGUCGGCGCCAUCUAGACGAGAGUCGCACGUUAACGUCAACGUCACGCCGACGUCGCACGAUAUCUCGUCGGACACUCCGGAGAUACGGAAAUACAAGAAGCGGUUCAAUAGCGAGAUUUUAUGUGCCGCGUUAUGGGGUGUGAACCUUCUGAUAGGCACAGAACACGGACUGAUGUUACUUGAUAGGAGCGGACAAGGUAAGGUGUAUCAACUGAUAUCGAGAAGGAGAUUCCAGCAGAUGGAGGUCCUCGAAGGGCAGAAUAUUCUUGUGACCAUAUCGGGGAAGAAGAACAGGGUUAGAGUAUAUUAUCUUAGUUGGUUGAAGAGUAAAAUCUUGAGGACAGAUGGAGUGAGUGAUCAAGUAGAAAGGCGAAACGGUUGGAUCAACGUAGGCGACCUGCAAGGGGCGGUCCACUUUAAAAUAGUCAAAUACGAACGGAUAAAGUUCCUCGUCAUCGCUUUGAAAGACAGCAUCGAGAUCUACGCCUGGGCACCGAAACCCUACCACAAGUUCAUGGCGUUCAAAUCGUUCUGCGAUCUGCAAUAUCGCCCGUUAUUGGUUGAUCUUACCGUCGAAGAGGGCACUAGGUUAAAGGUCAUAUAUGGUAGCAGCGAUGGUUUCCAUGCCGUGGAUUUGGAUUCGGCUAGCGUUUAUGAUAUUUAUUUACCCAAAAUCGCCCAAAAUGGAAUUUGUCCACACUGUAUAGUGACUCUACCAAACAGCAAUGGUAUGCAACUUUUACUGUGUUAUGACAAUGAAGGCGUAUACGUCAACACCUAUGGUAGGAUAUCCAAAAACAUGUUAUUACAGUGGGGCGAAAUGCCGACCUCAGUCGCGUACAUAGGCACCGGCCAGAUCAUGGGUUGGGGCAACAAGGCCAUCGAGAUCCGGUCGGUGGAGUCUGGACAUUUGGACGGUGUGUUUAUGCACAAGAAAUCGCAACGGUUAAAAUUCUUGUGCGAGCGAAACGACAAAGUGUUCUUUUCUAGUGCGAAAAGUGGUUCCUCCUGUCAAAUUUACUUCAUGACCCUCAACAAGCCCGGCAUGGCGAAUUGGUAACGGCCGACUAGAGGUUGAGAAACGCCAUUUCCGGUUAAGGUGUAUUAAUCUAUACGGUACAGGGUGGUCGCCGAAAGAAGCGGAAAUACGAUUUAAAAAAAGUCUUUUGCAAAUGUGAUUGAGGGUUGUUUUAUUUUUUGACAAAUCUAUCGCUUCUUCUGAGUUUUAAUGGGUAGAUUCCCUUGCAGUCUACAACUUUAUGUAGUAAAAAUUAACUUGCUCCUUUUAAUGUUUGUUUAAAAAUAUGUAUUAGUUGAUGUACACCAUCCGUUGUGAUUUUGUCUGUUAAUAUCUGAAAAGAACUUAGUCUUAAUUCAUACAAAUGUUUGCCUCAAAAUAUAUGUAUUUCUUAAAUAUCUACAAAUAAUAAGUGUCAUAAAUCUUCAAAAUUAUCAAAAAAAACAGUCACAUUGGACGAUUUUUUUUUAUGGUAAUUUCGUUUCAGCAAUUUAACGGAACGCACCCUGUAUAUGCAUGUGAUCGUCGUGUAACGGUCAUUGGUAUUUGGAAGCUGGUACUGUUUAGACAAGUGAUCGUGAAAUGCGAAUGAAGUUUUUGAUAAAUGGACAGACGAUAUUUUUAUUUAACUUUUUGUUGCUGUUAGAGAAAUUGUGAAGAAAAAAAGCUGGAAAAUUGUGUAUAGGAAAAUUUUAUUUGGGAACGUGAUAUUAAAAUGUGUGCUGAAUAUUCUGUCGUUAAAUGGCUAUGAUUUUAAUUUUUAUUAAAUAUUUUUGAUUUUUUAAAGUUUUUUUUUAGAGAUAUUGUAUUCAUUUUCGUAAAAAUAUUUAUUUUAUAUUUAUUGCUAACUAAACGCUUUCUAUAAUUUUAAGUUUUAUCACAUUUUAUUUUAAAAUUUGUACAGUGUGUCUACUUACCAUAUUCAAACUCUUUUUAUUGUUAGUUUAAAAAAAAUAUAUUUAUAAAAAGUUCUGUUUGGUCUAUAAUAACCCACAAAAAAGUCAUCAAAUAUCAAGAUGUAUUAGUCAUAUAAUAUAAAUUUGGUGAAAGGGUAAAGUAUCUUUAUUUUUGAGAAUAUCUAAAAUUAAAAAGAAAAGUUAAUCAAAAUCCAAUAUCAUUUACCUACCCUAAAAAUUGUACUUUCAUUAAUAAAUCUACUUGGGUUUCAACAUACUUGAAGAUAAAUCAACUAACAAGUACAGUUUUAAUUAUUAUACCGUUUUUUAAUGAAUGCAGUAAUAAUAUCUAUCUUACAAAAAUGAUUAUGGUAUUUUCUUAUUGUUAGUUACACUCAAAAAAUUACCUCAAAACAGUAAUUACAUUAGAAGCUUACUAUCUGCUUAAUGGUAUAAGUAAUUUUUCUGGGGCUUUAUUAUUAUUAUUAUAAUAACAACGUUUCUAAACCAAAAAGUUAGGUUAGGUUAAAUAGUAAAUGAAAACGCUCAUAUAAAUGAUUUUAAAAUUAACCAAACUUUGUACAGUACAAUUCUGGGUACCUAAUUCCAACGCUCUAUAUGCUUGUUCAAAUAUAUUUUAAAUGAAAGUUAGGAGAAAGUACAAAACUUCAAUUUAGGGUAGACGGAUAUUAAUGCAUAUUUUAACUAGACUUAUAAUAAUUAUAAUUAACUUUUCUCCAUAAUAUUCGAUAUUGUACAAAAUUUAUGUUUUGUGAGAUACGUCACAUAUAACUGUCAAAUUUUGAAGUCUGAUGAUUUUAUUAUAGGUUUUAGACCAUGCAGAACUUUUUCGAAAAAACUAAUAUUAAAAAGCCUUCCAUAAAUAUGGUUCUAACUUAGUAGAUGCUCUAUAUAUUUACUUUUUUAAAUAGUACUAUAAAUGAUAUUAAUCUUUCCCAAAUAACAUUUUCCGUAGAAAAGUUAAAACUCUAUGCAGUGUUAACAGUAUUUAUUGCCUUUUUUUUUCUACAAAACAAAAAAACAGUCAAAAGUAAUAGCAAAAUUUAAAAAUGGUGCUAUCUUCUAUCUAUUCCUAAUGUACAUAAAAUAACAUGAAAUAUAUUGUUGACACUGCGCAGGUUAAUAAAACAGAUUUAUUGUGUCGUUUCGUUUGAAAAUUAGCAAAAAUAUUUGAAGAAAAAUGCUUGAAAAUAGUUGGGUGCCAACAAUGAUCAGAUCUGCAAGUUUGUUCAUAAAAUAUUUUUUGCUUUUUAUAAGUACUUGACAAUAUUUUUACUUUUGUCAAGUAUGUACUUGACAGUGAUAAGUAAUUUGGCAAAUAGUUGAAAUGGGGAAAAUUAAAAAAUACUUGAUGAACAUGCACUUACAGGUCUGAGAUUUUAAGUUAGUCAAGUAAAAAAUAUGAAUGCUCACUGAGGUGUAGAUAAGUCAAAAAAAAACUUAGUUUAAUUACUUGUUAGUAACUGUUGUAGUCUUACUAAAACAUAAAAUAGCAACUGUCAAAAACAAAAUUAUUUAACUUUUUUUUAAAUGUUUACUUUAGCUGCCUGACUAUAAAUCAUUUAGUUAGUCCGGUAGCUUGUGUUAAAAAAUUUCAGUCGUCAGGUAGUUUUUCCACAUUUUACUCCAACCAAAAUUUUUCAAUACGAAAUAAUAGAGGGUUGUUUUUGGGACGUUUUUUCAGCCGCCAUCUUCAAAAAUAGCUGUUUGCAAAUAUUUCUAAAACGGUUAAACCUACGAUUAAAACACUAAUGACCUUUUUUAUAAAGCAUAACUAUACCAAUAAUUUAUAAUUAAACAUUUUUAUUUUCAAAAAUGUACAUUUCAAAAGUUAUAGCACUACUUAAUGUGCAUAUUUCAGUUUUUGCUAAGAAAUUAAACUGUUAUUAGCUGUCUUGAUAGUAUAAAAUUAUUUAUAAAUGAUUUAAUAGGAAAUGACAGGAUCUACAACAAAAGCUAUUUGUGUUUUGAUUGUGAUGUCAGCCGAUUUUGAAGUAUUUGUAAAAUAAAACAUUUUUUUAUAUAUAUAGUUGAAGAAUCUGGCACCCCUAGCCAUGAUAAUGUUGAUUUAUUCUCGGUAAAACAAUUUUUUUAGGCAAUUUAACUGUACUAACAAACUUUUUCUGUGCUACUCAGUAAUUUAUUUUAUGUUUUCGUAGAGACUGCAUCCCUUGUAAAUAUACAUAUUACAUAAAACCUUUGAAUAAAAAUUUUUAUUGCAAUAUAGCGUGUAGCACUGUACCCCUGGUAAUGUUAUUUAGACAAAAUUAGGGUAACUUAAGGUAACCAUUUUUAUACUAGUCUGAAAAUUGUGAAAAAUAAGCCUUCUGUGUUUUUUGUAAUGAAGAAAAAAGUGCAAAAAGUAAAUAUAUAUCUUGCUCAGUUCAAAUUCUAAAAUUAUGGGGUGGGAUUGUAUAUUCGUUCUUUUUAUAGAUAUUUUGUUAGAAUUAAAAAUAAAAAUCGGAAAUUGUUCAAUGUACCUACAAGGGUGUUUGAAAAGUUUUCUCGAUUAUUCGAUUUUUUUCAGAUGAUAGAUUAAUAUCUACAACACCAAAUUAAAACAGUUCAUUCUGACAACUUUUCAUAUCAUCCUUGUGCUUUUCGUGAAUUUUUUACUUAAUCUUGCUCAAAAUUAAUAAUUUUUUAGGAACUACAUGGAGGUAUUAUUAAUUUGUUCAUAAAAAUUAAAAAUAUAUGAACAGUCAAAUUAAUUCUAGUGUUGAGUCAAAGUUACAGCAAAAUGUGUUACUAUAAAUAUUCCUAUGUUAAGAUUCAGUACCGGACAUUGUAUUUAUUCAUCACUUUAAAACAAUGGGCUGGUGUAACUUGCGAGGGUUUAUAAAUUAAAAUCAUACAAAAAAAAUGGGUGCAUUUUAUUGGUAAAUAUAUUUUUUUUGAGGUGUAACUUCAUAUUGGAUAUCCAAAUUUUCUAGAUGUCCAAUAAUACACCUUGUUAUUUACAUCAAGUACUUUAAAAAAAUAUAUUUUUGAAUUUCACCGCACAUGUCCACUAUCACAUUGACGUUUCACAUAUCGGUGGCUUAGUUUUUAACAUAUGACAUGCCACAUAAAUCGGGUAUUUUUAUUAAACAUAAUUUGCUGUUAAAUUGACUCCUAACGCAGGUUUGGUAAAAAAUGAUUGACUGUCCUGAUUGUAUAAUUAUUGUUAACUCUGUUUUGUCUAAGGUAGUUUUUUUUUUCUUUGUAAAAUUUCGAAAGAUUCUCAAUGGUCGCAUGGUACUUUUUUAUUAAUAAAAAAUUAUUUAUUCGAUGCAUUUAAAGACUGUUUUAUAUAUAACAAAAAUAAUUUAUAUUUAUGUAAGGCAUUGAUAUGAUUGGAUUUGCGGAGUUUUGUUUUCAAUUUCGAUUUUUUUGUAACUUUUUAUAAACAAGUAAAAAUUCGUUAAAUUUCUUUUUGCACUGACCUCGUAAGCAGUUUGAUAAAUUACAGUACUUUAUUCAUUAUUUUGCAUAUAAUGCCUUUUUUUGUAAGCCACAAAGCUAUUUCUAUUGCUCUUUUUAUAAUAAUUUCCAAAGAGACGGUAUAUGUGUGAUUUUUUUA